AUGGCCGACGUAAGCGGGCCACCCAGGCGCGUGUCCAUGGCCUACAUUCUCGGAUUCAGCAAUAAGCCCUUCAAAGAUGGAGGACCGCCUGCCCCACCGCCGCCGCCUCCACCUCGUCACCCCGGCGCAUUCAAGCAGAUGGUCACUACACCCGGCGGCGUCAUUGAGUGGGCUGCCAGUGAUGGUCGUCGCGGCAGGCUCACAGGACCGGGCAAGCCACGUCUGACCGCUACCAACCUCGCGCAGGUGCCUGAAAGCAAGGUGUCGGUUAAAGCAGCAUCAAAGAAGGAUGCCGCUGAGGACGACAUCGGUGGUUUGCUCGGCGGCGGCGACCUUUUUGGUGAUGGGCCUGCUGCACCAGCCACUGAUAAAGUCGCAGAAGAUGACAAGCCCGCCGACAGCGGCUGGACCAAGGAGCAAGACGACAAGCUCUUAGAAUUGAGAGCCGAGAAUCCAAGUGGCCCUUGGGUUGACACCGCCAAAGAGCUGGACAAGAAAGAACACGAGUGCAAGAACCGCUUCAAGCAGAUCAAGCCAAAGGACUGGAAGCCAAACAAUGCCAAAGGUGGAGGCGGCAGCAAGCAGAAGCAAGGCAAGCAGAAGGGACAGAAAAACCAAAACCAGGGCGAGCAGAAGGAAGACGAUAAGAAGGAAGACGGUAAGAAGGAAGACGACAAGAAGGAAGACGAUAAGAACGACGACGACAAGAAGAAUGAAAAUGCUACCAAAGGCUUUAAGGCUGACGACAGCGGCAACGCAUGGCCUGGCGCUAGUGACGGCGGAUGGGGCAAUACGGACACCAACGGGGCCACCCAAUACAACGGUGGCGGGUGGAAUACUGGUGACAUACCUGCAUGGCCUGGCGCAGAAGACACGUCUGAUGACAAGAAGGAAGACGGUUUCAAUGCCGACAACAACGGGUGGGGCGGUGGAGGUUGGGACAACGGUGGGGGCAACAACGGCAGCAACAACACUUCCAAUGACAAGACGUCCAACAAAGGCUCCUCUCACAAAGACUCUUCUUCUCAAAAGGACGCCAAACCACAGUCCAAUAAGGCCGCCUCGCAGACAGGAUCCAAGCAGCAUUCCACCCGCGAACCCGAGAAGCCAUCCGCAUCAGCGCCCACUGAAUAUGAACUCAAGCCCGACUCGACCUUUUCCGCCGACGACUUGCGUCUCAUUGCGAGAAUUCUACAGCAGGACUGUCAAAUGGUGUGGAACAGGGUAAGCUGGAGGUUCAAGGACAAGACUGGGAGGAACCUGCAUCCGGAUGUGUUCGAGAAGAAGAUUACGGGCAAGAUUGACGACAGGAGCAGCGAGCAUGGCAGGAGAUGA